CAGAUUGAACAAUUUGAAUGUUGUAUAAAGAAUUCAAACACUGAUCAUGAAAAGCAUGUUUUGCAGAGCAUAUCAUCAUAUGAAAUUAUAUAUAAUGUCUUCAGAUAUAAUAAAUCUUCAAGCCAUGAAAGUGAAUCAGAUACGUCGCCGUAAAAAAGUAUUAUUGUCAAUGCUUCGACAAAAUUCUGGCCUUUUAUAUUCAUCACGUAGAUUCGGUAUAUCUCCCAAAUUCAAACUUCGUGAUCAAGAAGGAGAGUUUGCAAAAGUAUUCCCUCAAUUAAAAUCUAAUCCAGAAGCAUUCUAUGAAUAUCUUGGCAUGUCGGAAAAGACAUUCAUGCUGAUAUUAAAUGGUAUUCAGGAUAAAAUUACUCGCCGUUCAAUUCGAAAACCAAUCAGUCCAGAAGAACAACUAUUCGCUUGUAUAAGAUAUCUAGUACAAGGUGUAUCCCAUCGUGUUAGCGAACAACAACUUCGUAUUGCUCAUCAAACAAUCUCAGGCAUUGUGACUAGAGUUUGUCAAGCUAUUUGCGACACAUUUAUGGAAAAAUAUCUAUCAUUUCCUACUGUCGAAGAAUUUAAACAGAUUUCAAAUCGAUUUUGGACCACAUGGAAUAUACCAAAUUGCUUAGGCGCUAUCGAUGGAAAACAUAUUAGAAUUAAGAAUUCUGACAACAAAUAUGGUAUUUACAUGCAAGCUGUCACUGAUGCUGAUUAUCGUUUCAUCUGUUGUGAUGUUGGUGUCUACAAUGGUCAAAGCGAUAAGGAAUUUUUUUCCAAUUCCAUAUUCGGUCAAUCAGUAAUCAAUCAAACGAUACAAGUUCCAACUGAAUCAAUGUUGCCCAUCAUCGAGCCGCAGAUUGAUUUGCCAUAUUUUUUCAUCGGCGAUGAUAGCUAUCCUUUGCGAACCAAUUUACUUCGUCCAUAUCCAGAAAGAUAUAUCAAUGAACAGCAAAAAAUUUUCAAUUAUCGACUUAACCAAGCGAAAAGAGUGGCAGAAUAUUCGUUUGGCGUAUUGAUCGAUAAAUUUAAAUGCUUGAAUUCGUCAAAAUUCAUGCCUGAUAAUUCUGACUUUAUCGUUCUGACUUGUGUACUUCUGUACAAUAUGAUUCUCACUGAAGAAGGCUUCAACUAUAACCAAGAAACAUUUGAUACAUUGCGAACCACACAUAUUGAAAGCUCACAAAAACCAAAAACAAAGAACAACAAUCCAACUUUCGAUGCUAAACGAAUUCGUGAUAUUUAUGCAGAAUAUUUCUGCAAUGCAGGAUCCGUUCAAUCAAAUUCCAUAGUGGUCAUUCAGCCAACCUAUACAGCUACAAUUAUUUAGCCAUUUUAUUGUACAUAAAUUUGUAUAAUUUUUUUUUUUAUUUUUUCCCAUUAAAUUUAUUAAAUUUUUUA